CGCCUACUCCAAGUGCUAAAGACGAAAAAUCUAGGGACACACCCAUCAUUCUGCAAAGCUCUGUUCUAAUCGUGGAAAAUAAAUACCCAUUGAAGUGUCAAAUAAUUGGCCGGUUUUACAUCGAGCAACUACCCGUUCAGACAUUCAACAAUGCGGGCUAA